AUGACAACUUCAAAACUUGAUCCUCAAACAAUCCUCUUCUUUCUUUGCGAUGUACAGACAAAAUUCAGCUCCGCCAUCCAUGAAUACGACCAGGUAGUCGCCACCUCCAACAAGAUGAUUAAGCUUGCAAAGCUCCUUGGUUGUGGUGUCGUCUGCACAACCCAGAACGCUAGAGCACUUGGGCCCAUAGACCCUGCCAUAGAUCUGCAGGCCUUGGGAUCCCUGCUGCUCGGAAAUUACGACAAGACCUUGUUUUCCAUGCUUGUACCCGAGGUGCUAGCUGUCCUUGAGGCUCGACCUACUAUAAACUCAAUCGUUAUCUUCGGCAUUGAGUCACACGUUUGCGUUCUUCAGACCGUCCUUUCUAUCCUUUCUCUUCGCAACUACGCCGUUCACGUUGUCGCCGACGGUGUUUCCUCCUGUAACGCCUUCGAGAUCCCCAUUGCUUUGGAUCGCAUGCGACGCGAAGGUGCCAUCAUCACUACAAGCGAAACCGCUGCUUUCCAGUUGAUGGGAGAUGCAGGAUCUCCGACGUUCAAAGCAUUUAGCAGGCUCAUCAAGGAGGAGAGAGAGAGGACAAAGAUGGCAGGAGAGUUGCUAUUACAAGGUAGACAGAAAGUCGCACAGAAUUUGCUGGAUGGUGACACUGGUAGGGGCGGCGUCCUUGGACUCAAAAGCGCAAUGUAA